AUGGUCUCCAUUAUCACGACUGAAACAACAAUACCACAAAGCACUUGCUCGUAUGAUCACGACAAGCCGACCGAGUUCGCGCAUCUUCCGCCAGAACUUCGCCGUAUGAUCUGGAGAUCCAGCCUAGCAGGUCCGCGAAUCCACAAAGCAGUCCCAAAGAUUGUCUGUGUCAGACCCAUGUACCACGGAACUCAGAUCAUAUCGCCCCAGCCACCCGUCGCGCUCAGUGUCUGCAAGGAAUCUCGUGAUGUGGCAUGCAAGGUACUGACUCCAUUCCUGCGUUGCCAGUGUCUUGCAUGUCGCCUGGAUCCUUCACCUUUCCAAUGUCAAGAACAUGGCAAAAUCGGGUACUUCAACCGGCAACUGGAUAUAUUGCACCUUGAUCCUUGGAAUCUUUUCGAGGACAGGGACGUCCGGUGGGUAGAUUUCACCCAGAUCUCUGUUCCUGAUUGCUAUGAUGAGAACUGGGUAUAUGAACGCUUAUCAAGGAUAUUGGAGAGUCGGCCUCGUAUAUCACAGAUCUAUCUUACGAUUUUAAGGACUGAUGAGCGGAUGAAGGAGAAAGCGGAGCGGAAGAGAAACCUCAGGCAUCACAUGUCCCACGGUUACGAGUUGGUCAAAAAAGCAGCAUGUGUUGCAUUGGAAGAGCUGGAGGUUGUGAAAAACAAAGAUGAAUUAUCUGAGGCGCUUGGAGAGCGUAAGCAAUUCGACGAGUGUGAAGAGAUGGCUGAGGUACUGCUCAAGAAAUUUGGGAUGGACAGGGACAUCGUGGUCGAUGUGGCGUUUGCCAAGGUCUGCUGUUCUUGUCCUUAG